CCAACUCGAAGCAUUCAGCAUAACCCCAAAAAAUUCAAAGGAGAAUCAGUUUUUGACUCUUAAUUUUCAAGCCUAAACAAAAAUUUUACAUAACAGACUUAGAGAAAAUAUAUGGCAACUCUUCAAGCAUCAAGUUUCUUGAGCUCAUCUUGUUCGGCUACCUCUUUUUCAUCUUGCCGAAGAGGAACCAUUACAGCAAAGAUCAAUAUUCCCAAGAUACAGACCAACAAAACCUCUCUCCCUAGGAUAAUUCAAAGAAGAGGAUUGCCAGAGCAUGAACAAUUUAGCAACAACACAAUAGAGGAACUGCUUAGUCCAUCAAGAAUAUUAAGUGAUACAAAUGAUGGUCCUGAUCUGAUGGUUAUCGAGAAGCUUUAUGCUAUCAAAGAGGCAGUUGCAGAUAGAGUAGAAAUGCACAGAAAUAUUGGAGAGCAGAGAAGCCAGUGGAAUAGUAUGCUUUUGACAUCCAUUAAUGGGAUAACUUUAGCUGCUGCUACAAUGGCUGGCAUUGCAGCUAGCAGUGGUGCUGGUGGUGAUUCUAUUUUGGGACUAAAAAUGUCUUCCACUUUGAUGUAUUUGGCUGCCACCGGCAUGUUGGCUAUCAUCAACAAGAUUCAACCAUCCCAGCUUGCUGAAGAACAAAGAAACGCAACAAGGCUUUUUCAAGAUCUCCACAACCAAAUAGAAACAACUUUAUCAAUCGGUCAUCCUUCUGCUAUUGAUGUCAAAGAAUCUAUGGCCAAAGUAUUGGCUCUUGGCAAGGCCUACCCACUUCCUCUUCUUGGCGUAAUGCUAGACAAAUUUCCAUCUUCCGUUGAACCUGCUGUUUGGUGGCCUCAACAACGUCGAAGACAGCCCAAAACAGCAAGUGAUAAUACUGAAAACAAGCGGAACGGAUGGAAUGCUAAAUUGGAGGAGGAUAUGACAGAAAUAAUGGGAGUUUUAGGCAGAAAAUACCAGGAAGAAUAUAUUAGCCUGGGGAAAAAGGCCUUGAAAUUAAACAAGCUGUUAGCCAUCUCUGGUCCAUUGCUCACAGGCCUAGCAGCAAUUGGCUCGAUGUUUAUAGAAUCUUCUCCUUCUCAUGGAUCUAAUUGGGCAGCUAUGCUUGGAAUUGUUGGUAGCGCAUUGGCAAGUGUAGUAAACACAAUUGAGCAUGGUGGACAAGUUGGAAUGGUAUUCGAGAUUCAUAGAAGCAACGCUGGUUUCUUCCAGUACAUGCAAGAAUCUAUUGAAUCAAACUUGACAGUAACAGAAACGGAGAGAAGAGAAAAUGGCGAAGUGUUUGAGAUGAAGGUGGCUUUGAAAUUAGGAAGGAGCUUGUCUGACCUAAGAAAUCUUGCAGCUUCUUCAUCAUGGAAAGCAGAAAAUAUUGACGAGUUUGCAAGCAAGCUUUUUUAAAGUUUCAACUGUUUAUUGUAUAGCGCAUGGAGACAAGAGUAGGGACUAACUCAUUCUUUUGAUUCAAUUAUUAAUGCAAAUGGCUUGAUUCGUGAUCUUAUUUCUUGACUCCAUGAGGAAUGAAUCAUCUCUUUAGGUUUAAUGGCUUCCCUAAUCAGUGACAUACACAAAAAAAUUCAUAAACGGCGUCAACAUUUAAUUAAAGAAGUAAAUAAAGAACCAAUCACAAUAACGACACCAUACUUAAAAAAGAAAAGAAAAAAAAAAGAAUAUUACUACAUCUCAGCUUUCAUAUCUUGAAACGUAUUCAUAAUAGUCUCAUAAGAAAUACUCCCUCUGUUUCAAUUUAUG